UUUGGAUCAAAUAUUAAUUUUUUAGAUCCAUAUGAGUACUUAAUCAAUUUUAAGUUGUCUUUAGUAUUACUUCGAAAUCAAGUUUUGUUCUUUUCUUCGGAUCUAGAUAUUUUUCCUAGACUUAAUUUCUUAUAUUAAUAUAAAGCAAAAUAAAAUAAAUGUAAAGCAGAUAUUUUGGGCUUAUUUUACAUAUAUAAUUAUUGGACCAUACAUUAAGAAUACCAAUAAAAAUGGUUGGACGUCGUGUCAAUAUUGUUGGCAUGUUGCAAAAUUGACGUAGUCUAUAACCAAUAACAUGCACUUUCUUAUAAAAAAUCUUGGUAAAUAUAAUAAAACAUGAUACAAUCGAGUGAAAAGAGGGUUAGGGUUUGCAUCGAAAAUAAUGUGAUCUAUUCACCCAACACUUGAAUUGUAUUUUUCAAUCGAUUUCACGAAUGUUCUUUUCUUUUAAAGCUUUUAUGAUUCUGAUUUUUUCUAGCAAUUUGAUUAUAUUUCUAAUUCUUGGUAUGGUAUGAAAAUUUUGUAAAUAAAAUUAAAUUUGGCUAAGCUAAAGAUCUGACUUUGUGUGUGGUGUUUUUCACCUCAGUUUCCUUAAUUCAUAACCAAUCACAAUUAUUUGAUGCCUUCGUGUAAAAAAAAGCCUCAACAAUGGCCAAGUACAACAAGGUACAAAACGUUCAAUUUAUAAAAACAUUCUUAUUCCAUCAUUUUAGUUGAUACGAAACUUUGAUUAUUUUGUAAUUUUUUUCUUCAACAAUGAUAUUAUUCAAUAGUAGCACGAAGAUAAAUUCAAUUCACUGAUACAAAUGUUAAAAAUGCACAAACUUAAAAUGAGUUGAUUAAAAAAAAUAAUGUGUGAUUACAUUAAACUGUAUCAACUAGAGUUAAGAAAAUUAGUGUGUGAACACAUUAUUUUUUAAAAUAAUUGUGAGGUUGUCAUGUUAGCAUUCAUUUUUUUUUAAUGAUUGUGAAGCUGUCAUGUGUCAAUUAGUUUGUAAACACAUUUAUUACAAAUGCUUAUCUUUUAAUAUAUAAAGAAUACAAAAAAUUUGAAAUCUUUAUUUUAUUAUAUCUAACUCCUUCAAUUCCUUUAAAAAGGUUGGCCAUGAUGUUGGUUCUUGGAUCAUUGAAAUCAUGUCUUUGCAAUUCUUUCAGAAAAUGAUGACAUAUUGAGUAUUGUAAGAUUAUUUCUAUACCCUAAGAAAGUGUUUCCAACUCCGUAUGUAGAUAUGACAAGGCCUCCUUUGAUUCCUUAUUUUCAAAAGUUGGUCAUAUUCUGAAGAAUCUUUCCAAACACAUUCACAUUCACUGAAUUGUGAUUCAAGAGUCCCCAUCCACCAAACAAAUGUUCAUCAAGAUUAAGGUUUGAGUUGUCAUUGGAUUAUGUAGUGAUCACAUCUCUGCUAUGUCCUUUACAUUUGCUUACCACACUUGACAUUCACCCUCCACCAGAGGCGGACCCACGUUGACCAAUAGUGGGUCAGCUGCACCAGGUUAAAUAUAAGUUUUAGCUGUUUUGGUAUGUUGUCAAUAGGUUUUCAUAGUUCAUUCGGUUAACAAUCUCCUCUUCUGACCCACAUAACCCAGGCUCGAUUCCAUGUUGCACCUGCUUUAUACCAAUUUUUUCUUAAAAUUAUUUUCGUUCUGGGCCAAAGCCCAAUCUUUGACACCCCUUAAAUUUAGGGCUGGGUCCGCCAUGCCCUCCACGUGGCUUACUAGCUCUAGAGGAUUUCUUGUGAUUCUUCUAAAUAUUGUAUCGAGCUUUAUGUAGAUACUAGAUUACCCAUGAAUAAGGAUACAAUUCCGGUUAUUCAAUAUCGCAUUUCUGCCAUAACAGAUAGUCCAAGUUGGUGUAAACGCUAGAAAUCAGAAAAAAUAGAUGUGCAAGAAGGCUUAGAUGAUUAUGCCCAAGUUUCCAAAGCUGGGAGACACUCAAAAAUCACAUGAUUACAUAUUCAUCUAUACCUCCACACCGAGAACAAUUAUUAUCACAUCGCAUAUAACGACAUGUCAGAUCCUCCGUUACCAUUAAAUUUCAUGUUAUGAUCUACCAUAUAAGAUGACAUAUCUUCUUAGAAGCACUACUUUUUCAAGAAAAGUUUGAAUAGUGAUGCUAGGUUCAGUUACCAUGACCUCAGGUUUGUGGUUUAGAAUAUUCCUAUCCACCCAAUAUCCCGAUUUUACAGUAUAAUGACUACUCUUUGUAUAACUCCGACAAACCUUAUCAUCUUAUGUGGAUUGAUUGACUUACAGCCAAACUUCGGAUAAGUGGUAUAUCUUCCGGUAAAACUAGACUCUCCAAGUUCUACAUCCCACUAUUUAGGCUCAUUAUGAAUAAAGUCACUCAUUUCUAGCCUUGGAUGAACAACUGAAUAUUGGUCCCAAGUAGCCUCGCAGGAAUUGAUAGAAUCCAUAGAUCUUCCCAUGCUCUAAUCUCAAAACCAAAAUGCACUUUCUGUCUGAUCCCUAGAGCCAAUAAUUGUCUAAUUGGUGAUAAACUUGUCUAUACAUAAGAAUAACAAUGAUCUCAAUUAAAAUAUAAACUAUGUUAUUAUUAAAUAUAUAAUUAGGAUAUUUUUAUUUAUCCAAAUAUUAUAUUUUUUUAUAAAUUAAGUGUUUGAAUGUUGAAAAUAAUUAAAAUAAGAUGGAGAACAAAAUUAAUAACUAAAUGAUUAUGUCAAGAAAUAUCAUUAGCCAAAAAAGAAGAAAACAUUCACUUGUCUAAAAAUCAUGGGUUCAAUUUUUUCCAGCAAAGAUUACUUGGUCAAUAUAACCUAUAUAACGUUAUACAAAAUUUUCUUUUCAAAAGACAAGUACAUUUUUUUUUUAAUCAUAUGGUUGAUUGACCCCCAUCUCCUCAACCUGUCUCCGCCAGUGCACCUGCCAUACCUCCUCCCCAUCAAGGCCCGCGGCCUCUAUAAUGAUACUCUUUAAUAAUGCUGGUCACUACUUUCUUCUAUUUUUUUCUUUCUCAUUUCUUCUAUUCAAGUGUUAUUAACUAUCAAAAUUUAGCUGCAUUCUAAAAAGAAUUGUCAACAAGCGCUAUAUAAUACUAUAAUAUAUAGAGUCAACUUUCUAUUUGCUUAUAAACGAGUACAAACUAGGGUUGACUAUUUGAGUUUUCAGAUGAGCAAACUAUAAACAUUUUUGGAGAAAGAGCUUUCAUUUAUGGCUGAGAUCUCUGAUACUACUCCACAAACACAAACUGUCACCUUCGAUAUCGAAGACGGUGGAUCAGGAGGUGAUUCCCGAUCACCGGGUAUUUCCCGUCCCCUUGUAUCCGUAUCUUUCGUUCAAAAGUUGAUUGGCGAGUUCGUGGGGACAUUUUCUCUCAUAUUUGCUGGCUGCGCGGCUAUCGUGGUAAAUGAUACGUACGGUAAAGCGGUGACACUUCCUGGUAUAGCUUUGGUAUGGGGAUUAACCGUAAUGGUUAUGAUCUACUCAAUUGGUCAUGUCUCUGGUGCACAUUUCAACCCUGCUGUUUCCAUUGCAUUUGCCUCUUCUAGAAAGUUCCCGUUUAAACAGGUUCCGGGCUAUAUAGCCGCACAACUUCUCGGCUCAACUUUAGCUGCUGAGGCUCUACGACUUGUGUUCCAUCUGGACGACAACGUUUGUAGCCUCAAAGGCGAUAUUUAUGUGGGAACAUACCCGUCAAGUUCCAACACGGCGACGUUUGUAAUGGAGUUCAUCACUACUUUCAACUUGAUGUUCGUUAUCUCGGCUGUAGCUACUGAUAAACGAGCCAAUGGAUCAUUCGCAGGCAUUGCUAUUGGCGCAACAGUUGUACUCGACAUCCUGUUCUGCGGGCCAAUCUCCGGAGCAUCAAUGAACCCAGCAAGAAGCUUAGGGCCUGCACUUAUAUGGGGAUGCUAUAAGGAUUUAUGGUUGUACAUUGUUUCACCGGUUAUUGGAGCAUUAACAGGUGCAUGGACUUAUGAUAUGUUACGGUCUACAAAAAAAUCGUAUGGUGAGAUAAUACGUCCAAAUUGCAAUAAAAUUUCUUCGAGAGAUCGCCAAGAAGCAUCUCAAGACGAGAUUUGUGUUCUUCAAGUGGUCAACCAGGCUAACCGGAAAGAAUUCAUAUGUUCAUCGCCCACUGAUAUCAACGACAAAAGAAAUGUCACAUGCAAGUUGCCAUAAAAUAUCUAUGUACUAUUCACAACAUGAAUCUAUCGUGCUUUAUACUUUCAAAAUUUA